UUCCGAGUUGCUCCGAGUUCAGCAAAGUUCAGAGCGUUCGUGUUUCUGUUGUCAGUUCGAGAAUGAUUGUGAAGUAAAAGCCCAUUCAAAUUGUAUUUAGUUUUGAUUCCCCGGUAACACGUUUCUCGAUACGGCAUCAAAAUGAUGAUGGACUAUUUUGUGACGAACAAUUCCUUAGCACCCGCACCCAUGGGAAUACAAAGUACCGCGGGUGCUGUGCCCGUGAAGAAUGAUAAAGGAGAGUUGUCUAUGAAGAAGGUGAAGGUACAUCGUUACGUUUCUGGUAAGCGGCCAGAUUAUGCAGCAGUAAGUUCAGAUGAAGAAUCAGAGGACGAAGAUUUUCUCGAGAAGCGUGUACAAAAGAGUUACGACGACGACGUUGUCACAGAUAUUACUUUGCACUCGCAUACAAGAGGUAAGGAUGAGGAUGAUCCGCGUUUGCGAAGAUUAACGCGCCAACAAAGGGAGGUACCAACCGAGGUACGUGCAGAGAGACACAGACAUAUUCACGAGCCCGAGCUUAUUGAGAUCGAGUUAGAAAGAACGCGAGAGAGGAUCAAGUUGGAGAGUUCUGAUUCAUCCGAAGACGAGGAACUAUCGGAUUCGGAGAUAGAGAAACGACGAGAGGCCCUAAAGCAGCGAGUAUUGUCCAGGAAGGAAACUGAGGAGGAAUUAAUACAGGGAGAGGAGGAAGACAGAUCAGGAGAAAGCUCAGAAGAGAGCUCGGAAUAUGAAGAAUACACAGACUCCGAGGAGGAGACUGGACCACGAUUAAAACCUGUGUUCGUUCGCAAAAAGGAUAGAAUCACGGUGAUGGAAAAAGAGAAAGAGGCGAUGCGGCAGAAACAAGCGGAAGUCGAGGCCAAGAAAGCGGCCGAGGAACGAAAGAGGCAAACUCUGAGGAUGGUGGAAGAGACGGUGCGAAAAGAGACGCAGAUGAGCAAUAAAGGUAACACCGAGCAGGAAAGUAAGCUGAACGAUGUUUGUACUGAUGACGAGAAUGACGAAAUAGAAUACGAAGCUUGGAAGUUGCGCGAGCUUAAAAGGAUCAAACGAGAUCGUGAAGAGAGGGAGCAGCUUGAGAAGGAACGUCUAGAGAUCGAGCGUAUUCGUAAUAUGACUGAGGAGGAACGAAGGCAGGAGGCGCGACUGAAUCCUAAGAUGAUCACUAAUAAAGCGGCCAAAGGAAAGUACAAAUUCCUGCAAAAAUAUUAUCAUCGUGGUGCGUUCUACUUGGACAAGGACGACUCUAUAUUUAAGCGCGACUUUUCUGGUGCGACUUUAGAGGAUCAUUUCGACAAGACGAUUUUACCAAAGGUCAUGCAGGUGAAGAACUUUGGUCGCAGCGGAAGAACCAAAUACACUCACUUGGUGGAUCAGGACACGACGCAAUUUGAUUCACCUUGGAUAUCGGAGACAGCUCAAAAUCUCAAAUUUCACAAUAAUCAAGCGGCAGGGAUGAAGCAAAUAUUUGAUCGACCUUCCUUGAAAAAGAGGAAAGCUGAGAAUUAAAUGAUAUAUUGAAGGUACACGACCAUAGACAGAGACUUCCUUAUGGAGAGUAUGAAGCUUUCCAUAUCCAGAGUUGUGGGUGUUGAAUUCCACACCCAGAAUUCGGAGUAUUUUAAAAAAAUAUGUUAAUUUUUGACAAAUUUAAAAAAAUUUUGAGUAAUUUGAAAAAAACAAUAUUUGACCAGGGGGUGUAUAUAUAGAAAUAUAUUUCGCACAUACAACAAAAGAUAGAAUAUUUGUGUUAUUUUGAAAUCCCUUCCCCCUCUCUUCCCCGUUUAGAUGAUCCCACACAACCCAGAAAAGUCAAAAGUCUCCGGCCCUGUACAUAAUUUACAUUUUUAUCGGAAGUAACUGAACGUAUUUAGCGUUUCUAAAAGAUAAGGUCUGGCUACAGGAAAAAUGACGUGAAACAUAUAUGCGUAUUUGAAAUGUGUUUGGUGUAAAUGAAGAGUUUCACUUUGAUUGGUAUCGCCGUGUGGACAUGCUAAUCAAAAAGGAUAUACACAAUAGCUAGAUUCUUCUAGGAACACUAGAAUGUACUAAACUGUAAUUAACAGAUUUCCAUGUAUUUACGUACAGUCUUGCUUUCUUACAGUAAUUUCACGUACUGCAUCAUUUUUUCUCAUUUUUGUAUAUUCUUUUCAUUGUACUCUUUUUUCUUUACUUAUUUUAAUGUCC